AUGGGUGGUACUAGUUUGGCUACAUCCAGCCGGAUAGUAAAGAGAGUGUCUCAAGCAAUUGUUUCCCUACGUCGAGAAUUCAUUAUAUUUCCUGAUACAAACAGAGACCAAGACAGAGUUAAGAUAGACUUCUAUGAUAUAGCUAGAUUCCCUAAUGUACUAGGCUGUAUUGAUUGCACACAUGUAAAAAUUCAGUCACCAGGUGGAGAUGAUGCUGAACUAUUUAGAAACAGGAAAGGCUACAUGUCCAUAAAUGUCCAAACAAUUGCAUCAGCAAAGUUGUUGGUCCAGGAUGUUGUUGCACGCUGGCCAGGCUCUACACAUGACUCAGCAAUUUACCAAAAUAGCUAUAUUUAUAGAAAGUUUGAAAGAGGGGAGUAUGGAGACAGCCAUUUACUUGGGGAUAGUGGCUAUCCCUUAAAGCCUCAUCUCUUGACACCUUAUCUCAACCCUACAACAAGUGGAGAACGAAAAUAUAAUGAGGCCCACAUUAGAACACGAAAUGUGGUGGAACGGCAAUAUGGUGUGCUAAAACGAAGGUUUCCAGUACUUGCGGUUGGAAUUCGUUUAGCUUUAAACAAUGCCAUUAAUGUCAUUAUAGCUUGCUGUAUCUUCCAUAAUAUAUGCAUAUUAAGAAAUGAGCAACAGCCUGUGAAUAAUGAUGAUGUGCCUAACCUGGAAGAGCUAAUUGCAAGGGGACAAAUAAAUAAUAUGGCAUUUUCUGACAGACCUUCUUUGUCAUAUGGAUUUCGCAGAAAUCAAAUUACACAAUAUUUUGAUAAUUUAUAA